AUGUUUAGUUGUGAUAUUUGCUUGAAUGAACUGCCAUUAUCUGAUUGUUCAAUUAAAUUGUGUUGUGAACAUAAAUUUUGUAAUUCAUGUUGGAAACAAUACUUAACUUACAAAAUUAAAAGAAAAGAAUCUAGCAACAUUUUUUGCCCAGCUUUACACUGCCAUAUUUUAGUUCCAACUGAACUUAUUGAAAAUGUUGUUAGUCCUGAAAUGGCUCGGAGAUAUUUUGAUCUUAAUAUUGAAUCUUUUGUUGAAAGUAACCGGUCCAUUAAAUGGUGUCCUGUUCCAAAUUGUGGACUUGCUGUUCGCCUACCAAUCUCUAGAAAACCAAAGCCUAAUUCUAAGAUUGCUCGUUCUGUUGAYUGUGGCAGAGGCCAUUAUUUUUGUUGGGAGUGUAUGGGUGAUGCUCAUACUCCAUGCAGCUGUCAACAAUGGUCUCAGUGGAUGACUAAAAUAUCUGAAGUUAAACCAGAUAAGAUACGCGAGACAACUGCAGAGUAUGAAGAAGCAGCUAAUAGUUUGUGGUUGGUCACAAACUCAAAACCCUGUCCAAAUUGCAACUCACCUAUACAGAAAAAUGAAGGCUGUAAUCAUAUGAAAUGUUCAAAGUGUAAGUUUGAAUUUUGUUGGAUAUGUCAAGAAAGCUGGAAAAAACAUGGUUCAGCUACUGGCGGUUUCUUUCGUUGUAAUCGUAUGAAUGCUGUUUGUAAAGCUGAUGAAAAACGUGGCCUUCUUGUAAAAGAAGCUCAACAAAAGAAUAAGCAAAGUUUGGAAUUAAGCAAAUUUCUUCAUUAUUAUACUAAAUUUAAAAAGCACGAAGUGACUCGUACAAUGGAAGAACUGUUUGUAGAAAUUGUCAAAAAUUGGAGAGUAGCUCUUUCAGCUGCAUUAAAUAUAUCUGAAGAUGACGAACGCACAAAAUUUGUAGAAGAUGCAGUUGUUGAAGUGCAGAAAGCCAAACGGGUUUUGUGUGCAUCGUAUGUGUAUGGGUUUUAUAUGCUGUAUAGUGCAUAUAAUAGAAAUAUUUUGGAGUUUAUGCAGAAUGAAGUUGAGGAAGUUACUGAAAAAUUAUCCGGAAUGGUUUUAAGACAAUAUUUAUGUAAUCCAAGAAGUGCCAUUAUUAAUACUACUAGUAUAUUAAGACGAAAACGCCAUGAAUUUAUUAAUGCCAUAUCAGAUGGAUCUAUAUCCUUAAAAAGCAUGCCUUCUAUUCCACCAAAUGUUAUCAAACCAAAAUCAACCRCCAUGUCUCAAAAGCAUAUAAAUGCUACUGCUAAAGAUUUAUUAAAGAAAGCAAUUGGAGAUUCAAUUCAAAUUGAUCCAGAUAACCCAUGGAUUGUAGAUUCAAAAGGAAGACAUCGUAACCUAACCGCUAUAUUAGAUUGGCCUGAAAGUUGUUCAGAUGAAGAAGAGGAAACUGAAUUGGAUCGAGCUCUAGCUGUAAGUGUGUUUGGCCAAUGUAAAAUGGAACACUGUAAAAAAGCAAGAGUGAGGAAUCCUAGAACAUCUAAGUUCCAUGAAUACUGUAGCUUAAGAUGCAAAAAUACUCACAAAACUUUGUUAGAAGAGCGAAAAAAGGAAAAGCGCACAAGUAUUGUUGGUACUUUUGCUAUGGACCUUAUUGUUGCACUUGAAAUGUCUAGACUUCAAAUGAUAAAAGAUGUUCAACUAAAGAAAAAAUCAGAGAUUGAAGAAGCUAGUUGUAGCAAAAACUAUUCAGAAGUUGUUGAUGAUUCAAAUGAUGACGACCAGCAAUUGCAAAUGGCUUUACAGUUGUCUUUAGAUGAAAUUGCAAUGGCUAAAUCCAGAAAUUCAUCAAAAUCUACUGACGAAAAUGAAACAAAUUUACUUUCAAAAAAUAUUCCAGAGAAUACUCUUUUAAAAACAGAUAUUCCGRUUGUCUUACCCAAAUGUAGUGGUAUAAAACUUGAUGAUGGUGUAUUUAAAGUAGGUGAUUUGCACAAAAAUAGUUAUUAUUUAGAUUUUAGUGAAGACAUAUACAGUCGUAUGGAAAAUAAAAACCUUAGGCGAUCAUUGUCUUUUGGUGAUCUACUCUCACGUAGAGAUUUGUACAAAAAUAACCGAAGAUACUGUGUUAAUGUGUAUCAUAUGAACAGUGAUGACAGACAAGAUAAAAUAGAUAGAAAACGUGGAAAACUAAACCACGGCUUUCAAGUAUUACCCAGAAGAACUGCCUCCAUUCUUAUGGAAAUUAAUAACAAUGGUGAAUGCCGUGCAGUCACUUCGUUGGAUGACAGCAACAUUGCUGCUCCUAUAAGUUCAGACAAAAAACUGUGCAAUAUCUUGGCUCAACUAUAUUGGCAAAACUCAUCUAAAYCCACUAGCAUCACAUUGCCCAAACGUUUAAGUAAAAUUGGAAAAACUGCUGCCCUGGACACAUCAGAUGAAACAUUAGAGAAGGAAUCAAAAACUCCUGAUGAACUACCUAUCAAACCUGAACUGAAUAUUAGAAUUGAAAAGUUCAGCAGUCAUUCUGAAGACAGUGCUGAUAACGAUAUAUCCGCUGAUAUAGAAUCAGAUACAGGUAUUCCAAAGUCACCAACACUCUUCAUAUCGGGUGUAUCUAUAAAUCGUACACCAGAAACAAAGUCACCAGUAUCAGGUCGUCAACUAAGGUCAGCAAGCUUAACAGUACCAAAAAUAAGAUCAGUUAGCAAUUAA